AGUCUCAUUUUCUGCCCUGCUCUCUCCCAAUAUAUAAACAACACAAAAACCUAGCUCCGCUUCCAUCCUUCUUCACUCCCCGUAUCUCAACCAGCCCCAAAAAAUGGUGAAAUUCUUGAAACCAAACAAAGCCGUAGUUGUCCUGCAAGGCAAAUACGCAGGUCGUAAAGCAGUAAUCGUACGUGCAUUCGAUGAUGGUACACGUGACAGACCAUACGGACAUUGUUUAGUCGCAGGUGUAGCAAAAUACCCGAAAAAGGUUAUCCGUAAAGACUCUGCUAAAAAACAAGCAAAGAAAUCACGUGUUAAGACAUUUAUUAAGGUUGUUAAUUAUACACAUAUUAUGCCAACACGUUACACAUUGGAUGUUGAUUUGAAGGAGAGUGUUACUGUUGAUUGUCUUCAGAGUAGAGAUAAGAAGGUUAGUGCUGCUAAAGAUGUGAAGGCUAAGUUUGAAGAGAGGUUUAAGACUGGCAAGAAUAGAUGGUUUUUUACUAAGCUUAGGUUUUGAAGUGGGUUGGUUUGCUGUUGGUUAUUUUGAGGAUCUUGGUUUUGUUUUAUUUUGUGGAAACAGUGUUGGAUUUGAAAUGAUAGAUCUCGUUUUAUGUUUAGUUAUUAUUCGCAUUGCUAA